AUGUCUGCCGUUGCAGCAGAUUGUACUCAUCUUCGCCCGCGGCGUUUUGCCCCGCUUGAUGCUGGGAAGGCGUCCGAUGCCCCGGUGCUGAAGGGUAUCGUCUUUGAUGUGGAUGGGACAUUGUGUCUACCGCAACACCACAUGUUCACCGAAAUGAGAGACGCCCUCGGCAUUGACAAGUCCAUCGACAUCCUCCACCACAUCCGCGACCUCCCCACCCCCGAAGACCGUGCCGCAGCCGUGGCCAAGGUCCAAGCCGUCGAACGACGCGCCAUGCUCGAGCAGCAACCUCAACCAGGGCUUUCAAAGCUUAUGGAUUACCUUCAAUCCCGAGGUCUGCGACGGGCACUCUGCACCCGCAAUUUUGAAGCCCCGGUCCAAUAUCUCAUCCAGAAUCAUCUCCCCAGCCACAUCUUCCUUCCCAUCAUCACCCGUGAUACGCCCAAUUUGCUUCCCAAGCCUGAUCCGGCGGGGAUUCUGCACAUUGCACGGGAAUGGGGGUUGACUAAUCACGCGGAGAAUUUGAUUAUGGUUGGAGAUAGCAUUGACGAUAUGACAUCCGGUCAUGCAGCCGGUGCGGCAACGGUGUUGCUGGUGAAUGAGCGGAAUAGUCAUCUCCGCGAGCAUGCGCACACCGAUCUUUGCAUUACUCGAUUGGAUGAGUUGAUUGAUAUUCUCGAGGGGGGAUUCCUCGGUCGUGAGCAGAAUGACGUUCACGAGGGGAAUUAG